GACGCAGUCAUGUUUGCCAGCCGACCCGACCCUUUGAGUUUAUGCUCACAGUUGAAGACCACCCCUGCUAAGAAAAAUAUCAAACAUCCAGACAUUAACCAAAGACGACCCAGAGCAACCAGUAAAAGAACCUGCUUCUUUGGGGUAGAAACAUGCCAAGAAUUGCUUUGGGAGGACUGGGAAUUGGAAAAAGAUUUCACCAAGAUAUUAGUCUUAAAGAACAUCCACUGCAAGCUGCAAAAGUUACAUUUCAGGCCUCCAUUGUCCAGGUUUUUCACUACGUUGCCUCCCCAGAUAAUAAUUCUCAGUCCUGGGACCUCUUUCUCAAUGCCAGUUUCCUUCAGACCAUUUCAUAGGUGUGAUUAUGAGGAGAGUAUUGAAUUUGAGUGUAAAGAUGGCACGUUCCAAGUGUUCCUUCGAGCCAUCAUUCCCCGUCACGCUGUAGAACUGCCAGACACUGUACUCCUGCCACUCUGUGCGGUUCAACACUCCUCACACACCACUUUCCAGAUCAAAAAUAUCAGUAAACUUCAAACAUGUUUCCGUUGGGAAUAUGAGGCACCUUUUGACCUGAGCCCUGAAGAAGGAUUGCUGAAGCCAGGCCAAGAGUGUUGCAUCACUGUGGUCUUUCAACCACAAGAGGCUCUGGUGUACCAGAAACUAGCCUGCUGCAGGUUUGGAGAGGAAGGGGUGCAAGAGAACUGCUGCACUGUGAUGAUACAGGGAACAGCCAAGUACCCAUAUAUACAGAUGAGAAUUCUGGAGAGCAAUGAGAAGAAACAGCAGGGAAGUCCAGUGUUGGACUUUGGCUCUGUGGCAGUUGGCUAUACUUUGGAAAAGCACUUUGAGAUUUUCAACCCUUCACCUGUAAUGGGAUCUUUCUCUCUGUCCCGACUGUCUGGUGGUAUGCCCUUGUUGGGAUCAGAGUUCAAGUGUGAUGUCAUCAAGGGCAAAGUGGCAGCUGGUGGAUCACUGCAUGUUACAGUCACCUUUACACCUGCAGUUGUCGAUACAGUGUCUGUUGAAUAUGUGUCUGUAAAAUGCAAAGGGAGUCUCAACAAAAGCUUGCUCAAACUCACUGGAAACUGUGUAGGACCAAAGAUUGCCUUGUCUUCCUCUGUGGUGGACUUUGGCUGUAUUGAUGAGGGAGGAAUGGUCGUACGAACUGUGAAGUUACUUAAUUCUUCAGCUGCUGAGGCUGUCUACCAGUGGGACCUUGACUGUGGUGGGCAUAGUGUGUUCACUAUCCAACCAGCAGGAGGCACUGUGGGCCCAUAUAAUCAUAUCACAGUGAAGGUGGUCUACAGGCCUACAUGCCCCAUUGCACACUAUAGGAAAGUUGCAUGUGUCAUAUUGCACAGGGACCCUGUGUUUCUUGACCUGAUUGGUACUUGUCACUCAGAGCUCCAGAAACCAGCUGUACUGAAACCUGAACACUUGAUUUUGUACCAGCUUCAGUCUCAUUGUGAAGUCACUCACGACCAACUCGACUUACAGCAAGAUGACGGCAUGCAGUUGGAGCAGCAGGAAAUAAAAAAGCAGUCAAACCAGAGAACUGGCAGUGUGGCUGUCCUGACCAUCACACCAAUGGAGGAAUAUUACCAGUCAUGUUUGGGGGGCAGGGACACACUUUCUUCCUGUUCUUCUUCAUUGUCUCCACAUGUGUCUGUGAUGCCCACGGAGCUGCUGUUUAAGCAUAAAACAUCAUCUUCUUUGUGUUCUCCCUCCUCCCAGUCUGUCUCAAUCACCAACCACACCGGUGGGAAACUCAGCCUCAUGUGGACUGCUGCCCACAACUCCCCGUUUUCUGUCUCUCCAUUAUCUUCUGACCUGGCUCCACUGAAAACCACCUCAUUCAGGGUGAAUUAUAACCCCAAACAGCUCAAUACCUUUCAUGGAGCUCAGCUUGAGUGCUUUGCAUACUACAAGGGUAACUGUCAUGUAAAGGAUGGACCACUGUGUCUUCCCUGGUGUGUGACAGUCAGAGUCAUUGGCCACUCAUUUCAGCCAGACAAGCAGCAUUUCAUCCCAAACUACUCCCUGAAGCCUCCUCUAGUGGUGUUUCCAGCAUUGAAUGCUCUUUCCUAUCGGACAGCGCUCCUUCAGAACAGUGGUGACCUUCCACUCACUUUCAGUCUAGACCCAGCGCACAGCCCAAACCCAACCUUAGCUGCUUCAGUUGUAGUGGUACCGAGAUGUGGUUUAGUCCUGCCAGGAGGUCAUCAAAUCCUGACUCUCAGAACAACUCCCACGGAAAGCAGUCCUACACAGGGCUUUAGCUUACAGCUGCAGUUCAAUGCCACCAAAGAUACAAAGGAAUUGACAGUUGUCAGCUCAGUGGAAAAGCUGUGUGUGUCUCUGGAAGAAGAGAGCUGUUUAUAUUUUCAGCCAACAGCUUUGGGCACACGAACACAGCGCUCCCAUCACAUCAGGAACCUCAGCCGUCUACCUUUAUGCUUCCAGUGGAAUAUUCCAGAAUCACAACAAAAGCUCAUCUUGGUAGAACCAGAUGCUGGUGAAUUAUAUCCUAAUGAGCGCUCAGUCCAGAUCUGGUCCUUCAGCCCUCUGAUGGGGGAAAUAUAUGAAUUAAAACCUACCCUCAUGUUCUGGCCAACCCAAACUCCUGAAUGUAACAAGUCCAGCCUUACCUUAGAAGUAGUGGGGAUGGGCUGUAAAGGCACCAUAGAGGCAGAGAAGACAGUCAUAAAUACAGGGGAGAUUCUGGUUGGAAGCUGCAAAUCUGCUGAGAUUCCACUGGUGAACAAAAGCCUCUGCAGUGUCUCCUUUUGUGUCUCUGCACAGCAGACACUGCUCGACAAGAGCCUUAAUUAUGACCCCAAGACUGAGCCCAAUGCCCUGCAUUUGGACUGUGAAACAGGAGCCAUACCCUCAACCACAACACUGCUUCUUCGACUCACUAUCACACCACACAGACAAGCCCAGUACCACUGGACCAUAAGCUACCAGACACUGGACGCUAAUGGGGCUGUGUCAUCAUUUCCACAGAAACUGUGUGAAGUGCAGGCUAAGGCCGUGUUUUCGACUCUACAGGUGACUGAUGGAUGCAGUUCUGGCAGUGCAGAGAGUUUCAACAAGGUGCAACAGUGGAACCUGUUCUCAUUGGACAGCUUCAACAAGCAUCUGCUCUCAUGUCCCUCCCCUAUAGGAGUCAAUUACAGAACACCCACCAAGCACAGUCUGCGCUGUCGUUCUUCCAUCUUGACGAGACCAAUGUUGGAUUUUAACUUUGGUGGUGCUCCUAUAAAUUCAGAGCCCUCUGUGUUUGUGCUGAUGUUUCACAACCCUGGAUUUCAUCCUGUUGACUGGGCAUUUUUGUUUCCAGGUGACCGGCAGAUAGAGUUGGACUACUCCACAGAGACAGGAGAGUUCAGCAGCACUGAGCUGCACAAGACGAAGGUGCCGUACACCUGUCUCUUCAGUGUGUAUCCACGCGCUGGUACUUUGUUGGCUGGUCAGAAGAAGGCAGUGGAAUUCAAAUACAGCCACAGCUUUGUGGGAACCAAUCGGCUUCCUGUCCUGUUUAAGUUUUCUCACAGCAGAGAAAUUUUGCUGAGCUUCCAGGGGGUGACAGUGGAAAGAGACAGACCAUAUCUCCACUCUGUCUCCAGCCGGCAUGUCUUCACCUCUGUGAACAUUGGGGAAAGUCCUCCCAGACAGAUGUAUGAAGUAUACAAUGCUGGUGCAGUUCCAGUCCGUUAUAAAGUGGACAUGACUCCCAUGAUACAGCUGCAGGCUGACAACUUUAACCAUCCAGUGUUAUGCUGCCUCAACCCAGAGGGCGAGGUCCAACCUGGGAGGACUGCCACACUGGAAUGGAUCUUCUCUCCUUUGGAGGCUAAGAUGUACCAAAUGAACAUUCCUAUCCAUACUGUGGGUGGGGACUCCAUGCUGGUGAGGUUUGAGGGAUGCGGGUUGUCAGACAUAUGUAAUAUCAGUGAUACUAAGCUGUCUGCACCCUGUAUCCAGAGGACGUCUUUCCCAGGACAGCUGGUGUUCAUGUCCGAGGACUGUAUGUCUUUUGGUGACAUCCCAGUGGGCUCACGAUCUUCAAGAGCCUUCUUCCUCACCAAUGUUUCCCCCACUGAAACUGUUCUGUAUAAAUGGACGCUGUCCCAACAAUACAAACAGGUGGUGGAGGUCCGUCCAGAUCGAGGUAGACUGUGUCCAAAGGAGACUUCUCUUUGUUUCCUAACCUUCACUGCUUGUCACUGCCCCACUGUUUAUCAGCUGGAUCUCAUCUGUCAGAUUACCCAGGAGGCAUUACUGACUCAUUACAAUAAUGAGUUACUGCAAUGGGAGGAAGAGAAGAAGAGACAGCAGGAUGAAUUCAUCAUCACGGACAAAAAGCUUCCAUGCCAAAAGAUUCUGAUAGACAAGGAGUCUGAAGCACCUUCAAUCUCAAAAGGACCCCCACUCAGGAAAUACAAGACUCUUCCUCCCAUUGGUUCCAGUAGUAGGUGUAAUACACUAGAAGCUGUUUGUCCAAGAGUCAAGCGGAGGGCACAGAGAGAAUUAGCCAAUGUAUGGAAACGUCCUGAACCUCCCCAACCUGCUCUGCUGCACCUGUUGGUUACGGCACACUCCCACGGACCACUGGAGAACUUUACAGACUUCUUCAAGGAGCGUGACAAACACUCCAGAUGCCUCCAGUCAGUGACGUCUCAAAGACCUCAAAACACCUCUUCCAGCUCUCUGCCCCCUGCCGGGAUACAAGACCCAGAGAGAGACUCCAGACCUUGUCUCACCUCCUCCCCUCAGAAGACAAAGAUUGAUGGAAGCGAGUGGGCAGCAGAAUUUACUGACAUGUGCGAAGCCAUUCUGUUGAACACCAUUCAAAAUCUGAUGUUGGAGGCCGACAGGAGAGAGUUUGACCUCACAGCUCACCCCCGCAACAUUGCCCUACGACCCGUGUCUGCUAGACUGUCCACUGCAAAGGAGGACAAAGAGAAAAACAUAAAGGAACCAGGAGGGAGCUUCCAUGCAUGACUUCCAAACAAGGACAAGCUUCCUCUGUUACUGAAACCUGACCUCUGACCCUUGUCCUCCUCACUUUCUUCAGUCGUUUAGUUUUUAAAAAUCUUCUAUGGUAUU